AUGUUGAGAAAUGAAUAUACUAAGGAGAAACGAGUCGGUGAGGGCACUUACGCUGUUGUCUAUUUAGGAACGAAGCAAUCGAACAAUAGAAAGAUCGCUAUAAAAGAGAUAAAGACAUCAGGAUUUAAAGAUGGUCUGGAUAUGUCAGCUAUUCGAGAAGUGAAAUAUUUGCAAGAGAUGAACCAUGUAAAUGUUAUUGAGCUGGUAGAUGUUUUCAUGGCUCAAAAUAACUUAAAUUUAGUACUAGAGUUUCUACCAGCGGAUUUGGAAAUGAUAAUUAAAGACCAAUCGAUCUUGUUCACGCCUGCAGAUAUCAAGUCGUGGUUGUUGAUGACUUUGCGAGGCGUCCAUCAUUGCCAUCGAAAUUUCAUCUUACAUCGAGAUUUAAAGCCCAAUAAUUUGCUUCUUGGACCGGACGGUCAACUCAAGCUCGCGGAUUUUGGGCUCGCUCGGAACUUGGGAUCCCCACAGGAUUUGUUGACAAGUAAUGUUGUAACCAGAUGGUACAGGGCCCCAGAGCUUUUGUUUGGUGCCAGACAUUAUACCGGUGCCAUUGACAUGUGGUCCGUUGGAGUUAUUUUCGCAGAAUUGAUGCUUCGGAUACCUUACCUUCCUGGCAAAGACGAUGUGGACCAAAUCGACGUUACUUUCAGAGCGCUCGGUACCCCCACUGACAAAGAUUGGCCCGAAAUUUCGACUUUCAGUGCCUACAACAAAAUUCAAUUUUAUCCACCACCUUCAAGAGAUGAAUUGAGAAAACGAUUUAUUGCGGCGACCGAGAAUGCUUUGUAUUUGAUGAGUGGAAUGCUCAGUCUGAAUCCGCAUAAGCGGUGGGACUCGAUCAAAGCGCUUACGAGCCAAUAUUUCGUCGAAUUACCGGAACCAACAACGCCAGAAGAGCUGCCCAAAUUAGGAGGCAAAUGA